GACUAGAAAAAGGAAGUGUUUAAGAAAAAUGCAAAAUUUAAUCAAAAUUAACAUUCUUUUUCAAUCAUCAAUAUCGUACAGGAAGUGUUUUUGAACAAAGAUUAAAAUUGUAAUAUUACCAAUUAUCCGUAGUAACUUUAAAUACCAUUAAGUUUUCUUUUCCUUCACUUUAUUUUCAACAACAACAAAAAAGGAAUUAUCUUUAUAUGUUUUGCACUUUUGUUUCCGUUUCGAUAAAAGUGUAGUCGUCUCUCGCGCAGUAGAUACAUGGUAGAAGACCGUAUGCUAAGACUUUGUUUGUUCAUGAACUCAAUAUUACCUAUUGACCAGAUGGCAACCACAGACAAUGAAAGACAUCUGCGGUAUAUCCUACUCCUUACUGAGGGAGGUACAGAUAUUUUACGAGAACUUCUUAAGAGGGAGACGCAAAAAGAAAUGCAAAAUUCAGGCAAAACGCUCAGUGAAUGUUUGAAAGACAAUAAAGAUAAUUUAAAGCAAUGGACAAAAAAAGAACAACAGGAGAAAAUUUUUCCAAAAAGUGGAAACGUGGACACAAGUGAAUGGGAUCUAUCACUAUUAGGAACAGUUAUCUUGCAGCUUUACGGAAACUGUCUCACAUCCAAUGAACGCAGAAACAUAAAGCAACUAAAGCAAUUACGAAAUGAUCUAGCUCACUCGCCGACACUAUCUAUGGAUCCGAUGAAAUAUGACUCUGCCAGAAAAGAGGUUGCUUCAUUAUUGAUACAGAUCAGUAACACGCUUGAUCGUUCAGUCCACGACAGAUGUCAGACCUUUAUAAAAAGGAUUACUACAGGGUCUGUAGACAUACAGACCGCUAUAGAAAAAGUGAAGUUGGAUAAAAACCUGCUGGAAAAAGUACAACACGUAUCAGAUAGCGUUGAAGAGAUUGCAGGAAAAGUUAACCUUUUGUCUAACAACGAUAAAAUAGAAGAGCUUAAACAGUUACUACAACAACAACAAAACCAUGUGCAGAGUAAUGCGUACUCUUUUCCAGUUCUUGGAACAAAGAUGACAUUGAAAGGACCUGAUGAUUCCAAAACAACACUUAUUGAGAACAUGGUGACGGCAGUUUUUGAAAAGGCGUUGAAACGGACCAGGGGACACACAGAUGAAUCAAAACUUGCGAGGGCAGUAAUGAGCAUUGUAGAAGAAAUCAAGCAGUUGGAUGACUGCGAGGUUGAAAUAGAAAAGCAAUGUAUUAGAAUGACUGUGCAAUGCAAGUCAAGUGAUGGAUAUUUACAGCUGCUAAAAUACUUUCGAUGAGACGUGUUUAUACAAAGUCUUCUUGAUUUGGUACUGGCAGCGGAAGAUAUGUCUGAAGGUCUUUUCAAUAUAACGUUUGAAAUAGAAGGCGAUAGUCUUGAUGAAAUAAUUCAUUAUAUUG